GCGAGUAAUUUAAAGAUACGCGCGUUUAAGAUGGGCGUAUUCUCCAGUAAGAGCCCGGAUUACGGGCCUAUCCUCAGUCACGAGUUCCUUUGCGAUGCACUUACCAGAUGGUAUGGAGAGCGGGCACACUUCGCACAUUGUUUCCACCUCGACGACCUAUCAACAUCUUUCACCAGCCAAGUGAUCCAAUGGAAGGUCAACACACAAUUCGAAGAAAACAAACACACAUACGCAGAACUCAUGCUAAAACAUCAGCCUUGGAAUAAAACUAGAAGCCUUAGUUUUCGAAGCGCAGAUUUCUUCAAAAACGAGAUUAAUUUUUACGAAAAAGUUCUACCAGAACUUCUAAAGUUUCAAAAUUCGAAAGAUAUUUCUGAAAAAUUCGACAACCAUGUCAAACUUUGUUUCACACAUUAUGAUGGAAAGAAUGAUAGGAUAUGCCUACAAGACAUUAGGACUGACGGAUUUAAAACCAAUGAAAUAAUAGAUUUAGAACAUGGGAAAUUAAUCUUAAAAACAUUAGCUAGAUUUCAUGCUCUCUCAUUCGCGUUAAAAACUGAAAAUCCUGUUAAAUAUAAGAUAAUAACUAAAGAAAUUACUGAAACAUACUACGAUGAAAGAUUUUGGAGUUGGUACAAGAAAUUAUGGAGUCAAAUUUGCGCGGUAGCUAUAAAUGCUAUAGAAACCGAAUAUCCUAAUAGCAUUUAUGCAAAGAAAAUAAAAGAAUUCGCUGUACCCAAACGUUUUAAAGAUUUGGCAAAAGCAGUCAAAGAAAAUAAAGUUAUUUUGCAUGGAGAUUGCAGAUCUAAUAACUAUAUGUUUAAAUAUAAUAAUGGAAUACCAGUUGAUGUCAAAAUGGUGGAUUUUCAACAAGUUAGAUGUGCUAGUCCAGUACUAGAUGUAUCUACUGUAAUUUAUAGUAACGUAGCACUAUUAAAAGAUUACGAGGGACUUUUGAAGUAUUAUCAUGGAAAUUUGGCGAUGAGAAUAAAAGAACUUGAUGGUGAUCCAGAUGUAUAUACAUUUGAUAUGUUUAUGGGAGAUGUGAGGAAUUAUUCGUAUUUUGGCCUGGCUUUUAGUUUUGAAGCGGCGUGUACGAAGCUGACGUAUGUUGAUAUAACGAAAAAAGUAUGUGAUGAGUGGAUAUGUGCCGACGUAAACAAAUAUAAAAUAGUCGACAUAGCCGAUGCCUACGAAAUCAAGAAUUUUGAAAAAGAUGGCCGACUAAAUCUAGCCAAUAGUAUCGUGCACUGUAUUGACAACGGUUAUAUUUAA